UACGGAUUGGGUUUAGGCGAAGCUGCUCACGUCUGCGGCACCCCCUCCCCCCUCCCCCACCCACCACUUCUGGCCUCCCCGUCCACUCCACACACAGCAUCACCUACCACCCCCCGCUCCCUUGUUCACCUCAAUUUGCACAGUAUCAUUCAAGAAAGGCUGGAGGGUGUAGCCAGGUCGUGCGAAGAUGAUAUCGUCACCCUUAGGAAGCUGAUGAUGGCGGAUGGCUUCCAGUUAAUGUUGGAAACCAUCGACUGA